AUGGCACGGCACGGCACUGCAGCUAAUCUCUCCUUCACCGUCGAUUCUGCAUCCGAAGACGAAUCUAUCGACGAGCUGAACGCCUUCCCGACCCCCGAUUCAAACACCGAAAACAAAGCGCCAACGCGCAAACCGCGUGGAAAAGUCGCGCAAAUGGCGAAACCUGCAGUUGCGACAAAGGCUGCAGUGAAAGCAAAGACAACAACGCGUCGUGCGAGUGGGAACAGCGUGCUCGGCGCAAAGAAGCAAGGCGCAGCUGUUGCGAAGAAGACGGGUGCCCGCGGUGGUCGCAACGCGCUUGCUGAGCGACCAAACAACAAUGGGAACGAGACAGAAGAGGUGGACGAGUUUGAUGUUGAGGAAGAACCCAUUGCGCCCGUAGAGCACAAGACGACAAGGCGGGGUCGACCUGCCACGAAAGCGAGGGCCGCACAGGAGGAAGCAGAACUUGCAAAAGAACCAGGCCCGAGGAAGAGAGGCCGAAAAGCGGUAGAGAAGGAACAUGCGCCCAAGAAAGAGGCCAAGCCGAAGGCAGCAGCGAAAUCCAGGGCUACCAAACAUGUACAUGCUGAAGCCGACGCGACUAUUCUAGAGACACAGCCUGAGCAUGAACCUGAGCUGAUGGAGUUCGAGCCGUCAAUAGAAAUUGAGGAGGUGCCUGAAAGCAUGCCAGACCCACCAAAGCCGGCUCCGCGGUGUGCGCGACAGACCUCCAGAACUACGCGGCAGGCAUCAGCCGGCCCGAGACGAGCAGGAAGCGCUUCGGAUACAGAGCGCGACCCGGUGUUAAGGCGCAAGGUUGGCGACCUCAUUCAGAAGCUUGAGGCUAUGUCAGUCAAAUACGAAAACCUCAAGGAGGCAGCAACAUCGGGCAGAGAGUCGAACUUCGAUCAGCUCAAGAGAAAGUCCGAGCAAACAGGAAAGGAUCAAGAUGCAGUGAUCCAGGCGCUCAAGCAACAGAUAGCUGAAUUGCAGUCACGGACCGCCGAAACUGCCGCUCUGAGGAAAGACCUCGCCAAGGCAGAGAAAGAGAACGCUCGCCUAUCGGUAGAGCACCAGAAAAUGAAUGAGUCCCUUACUGCGGCGUACAAAGAGAAGGAGACGCUCUCGACGAAACUUGCAGCUGCGCGAUCUAUAGCCCCGCCGGAGACUAAGAACGUGCCAGGAAGCGCGGUCAAGGCUCGAUCAGCAGGCGUUGUGCUACCGGGCCAAAUAGAAGCCGCUAAAAAGGCGGUAUUCCAGGACCAGAAGGUGGAGCUCUACAGCGACUUGACCAACUUGUUGGUGAUGAGCGUGAAGAAGAGUGAGGAGGGUGACGAUGUUUACGACUUAAUACAGACUGGUCGCAAUGGGACUCUUCACUUCCAGCUCUCCGUCAUGACUGAGGGCGACUCGUACAACGAGCAUGAAUUCGUUUACCAGCCUCUCUUGGACGAGCAACGUGACAGGGAGCUUAUUGAGCUGCUACCGGAUUACCUCACCGAGGAGAUCAGCUUCCCACGCGCUCAGGCGCCGAAGUUUUAUACGAAGGUGGUGGACUCCAUGUCCAAGAAGAUCAUUCUCGAGGAGGAUUAG